AUGGCUGCAACUAGGUUUUCAAUGCUGAAGUCACUUAGUAGUUACAUUAACCCCUCUGUGAAACAGACAGCAACUUCACUUCAGUCUUAUAACCCAUACUUGAAACUUACAAGAUUUGCUAAUCAAAGUCAUGUCAAGCUAUCUUACCCUCUUGUGAAUAACAAUUACCACAAAAGUCAGUUGCAUUCCGCAUUGAAUUCUGAAAAUAUCCAACCUAGGAUUCUUGGUUUUUCCUCUGAUACUCGAUGUUACAAAACCAACCGUGUCUCAGUAUUUUCACCCACGUUAACAAAAUUGUACUCUCAUAGUUCUAUUGCUUUUGGUUCGAUUCCGGUUUUAAACCAUCGAUCAUAUUCAUCAUUUUUUGGGGGCAAAGGUGAUAAAUCGACUAGAGAUAUGGAUGUUCCAGCUACUACUAGCGGUAGUGAAGUUGACGUUAAUAAUAGUGAUAUCGUCGAAGGUGAUUCAAUUGAUAAAAUUAAGGAUGCGUGGCAGAGUAUACUAGAUGGAGUAAAUUAUACUGGAGAAAAGGUUAAAGUGGCAUAUGAUGAACUGACUCCUUAUUUUCAACAAAUGCUUGAUUUGCAUCCGUAUCUUAGGGAUGUUGUUGUCCCAAUUGGUGGGUACUUGAUUGGUUCUAUAUUGGCUUGGGUGGUGAUGCCUAGGAUUUUGAUGAGAUUUCACAAAUAUGCCAUACAAGGUCCUGCUGCUUUACUACAUGGAGGCUUGUUUGGAGACCAAGUUCCUUAUGAGAAAAGUUUUUGGGGUGCUUUGGAGGACCCCAUACGAUAUCUUAUCACUUUCAUGGCAUUUGUUCAAAUUGGCAUGAUGGUGGCUCCAACAACAAUAGCAUCACAAUACCUUGCACAAGCAUGGAGAGGAGCUGUUAUCCUUUCGUUUGUGUGGUUUUUGCAUCGGUGGAAAACAAACGUCUUCACCCGUGCUUUAACUUUUCAAAGUUUGGCGGGGAUUGACCGGGAAAAGAUGUUAACUCUUGACAAACUUUCAUCAGUUGGUUUGUUUGUUAUUGGAGUAAUGGCUUUAGCAGAGGCAUGUGGAGUGGCUGUGCAAUCUAUCUUGACUGUUGGUGGCAUAGGAGGAGUGGCUACUGCUUUUGCUUCUAGAGACAUCCUUGGAAAUGUGCUCAGUGGGUUGUCUAUGCAAUUCUCAAAGCCUUUUUCACUGGGAGAUACUAUAAAAGCUGGAUCUAUAGAAGGCCAAGUGACGGAAAUGGGACUUACUACUACAACGUUACUAAAUGCUGAAAAGUUUCCUGUAUUAGUGCCAAAUUCAAUGUUUUCCAGUCAGGUAAUUGUGAAUAAGUCACGUGCUCAAUGGCGUGCUGUGGCUAUCAAAAUUCCUUUGCAUAUUGAUGAUUUGGACAAGAUUCCUCAGAUAUCAAAUGACAUUAAAAGCAUUCUGAGAUCGAACGCCAAAGUUUUCUUGGACAAGGAGGCUCCUUAUUGUUUCUUGUCUCAGAUAGAAAGUUCUUUUGCUGAAUUGAGCCUUGGAUGCAAUCUCAAAAGCAUGAACAAAGAUGAGUUAUACACCACAGAACAAGAUAUACGUCUGCAGUCAGUCAAGAUUAUCAAGGAACAUGGUGCUUCAUUGGGCAGCACUUACAGGUUAUGAUCAGUAGAUGAUACAGCAUACUGUUAGCCUAGUCCUUCUAUAGAAAUUUGGUCUCAGUUGGUAGAGAAGGUUUUGGAAACAAUGUGGCGAACUUCCAUAGACAAGUCAUGGUAUCAAAAUAAAGGAUAACAGCUGAGAGCUACUGUAAGGAUAGCUGCAGCAGUUUUGAAGACUGGAAGCUUUCCCAAGAACAUCAUUUUGACUAAUUUUGUCGCUUAUCCCAAAUAUGGAGGAAAACAGAAAUGAUCAACCGUCAAAUACAUGUUAACAAUGAGGAAGAUCAUAUUUUUAGCUGAGCAACGGGUAAUUUGCUUCUGGAG